AUGGCCCAGACUGCCGUCGCGCCAACGGAGCCUUUUUGCUCACCAAUCCAUUCCUCGAAAGACUUCUUCCGGACGUUCGACAACCGGAAUGGCGUCCCGCCAACUGCUACUGACUUCCCCCCGGAGCAAGAGACCAUGUCUGGCACGGACGACGGGGAGAAAACCGCUGUAAGGCGGCGGCCCUCGAGGCAGGUCGUCCCCGGCUUGCCUCGGGUACAGACCUUCAAGAGGCAGCAGUCAGAGCAGAGGACAAACUUGGCCCCGGCUGAGCUUACUCCAGACGAGAGGAGAGCCGUGUCCGUGGAUCGUCGUGCCCAAGCCUCACGCGCCCUCUCGCAGCCCCAAGCUUUCCCACGAGCCAGUGCCCCCGGCCUUCUCAGCUAUGAAAUUCAGUCCGCCCCAUCAGCCCAGGCUGCUUCCGUCUUCGGGCAUCCCGAGUACAGCUUGGAUGGCAUGUUGGCGCCCGAUCAUCCCAGAUCGGUCGCAGAAGACGAGUCCUGUUACGCCGACGACGCUCAUUCCUACACGACCUCCGCAUACGACGCCAUGAUCAACGAAGAGCUAGAGCGGACUUGGAUUCUCAACCUCAGCAUGCACUUCCGGGACAAAUCGAAACGGGAAAAGUUCUUCGUCACCUAUUGGGAUAAGUUCAAAGGGCUGUGGCGGCGCGUGACCGUUUCCCUCGACUACCGACACGCCCCCGAAAACUCGCUCGAGAUGGAUCUUGACCAAACCAAGUACCAGCGUGAGAAGAGUGCGAAGAUAUAUGAGGCCAUCCGAGAAAGCUUGCAAGAUAUUCAGUUCUACGACACUGUGACGAACCUGAAACUGCAGACCACCGACGGACGGCUUCAUGUGCACGUCGUUGAGGAUGUCAAUGAAAUUAUCCCGUACCCUCUGGUCCGCCAAGUGCAGCACCUGGGUUGCCUUAGAGUCCGGGAAAGGGACAUACUCUUCGAUUCCCAUAUGUCUGGCUUCGUUUACAAAGUCAACGUCGGUGGCCUGGUGCUUGUCAAGAAGGAAAUCCCGGGCCCUGAGACGGUCGACGAGUUUCUCUACGAGAUCAACGCCCUUAGCCGUCUCCGAUACUCGAGAAGUGUCAUCCGCUUCUAUGGGGUGGUUGUCGAUGACCAGGACGAGUACAUCAAGGGCCUGUUGAUCAGCUAUGCCGACCAGGGAGCUCUUAUCGACGUCCUUUAUGACAACCGCCAGGACUCCGAGCUAGGGACGCCGUGGCCUAUCCGGGAACGAUGGGCGAGGCAGAUCGUCGAAGGACUCGCAGACAUUCACGAGUCCGGAUUCGUUCAGGGAGACUUCACACUUUCUAACAUCGUCAUUGACGACAAGGGCGACGCGAAAAUCAUAGACAUCAACCGGCGAGGCUGUCCCGUGGGAUGGGAACCUCCUGAAGCCACUGCGGUGAUUGAGAGCGGCCAGCGACUGUCCAUGUACAUCGGUGUGAAGUCCGACCUUUAUCAGCUUGGCAUGGUUCUGUGGUCGCUGGCCACGCAAGAAGACAACCCAGAAGAGCACAGCCGACCACUGGUCUUAGAACCUGACGUUCUGGUUCCGGAGUGGUAUCGGCGGGUAGUGGAAAGGUGCCUGAGUCAGGACCCACGAGGGCGACCGCAAGCUUCGACUCUUCUCACCAUGUUUCCCCAAUACGUGUCGGUAUCUGAGAACGAAGGGGUCGAAAGGUUCGAAGACCAUAAGAGGGGACCGGCCCCAGCCAUUUCGGUAAAUCAUUCCUCCUCGAUGCGAGAAGCCUGCUUAGACCCUUACGUGGCCGGUGACCACCCUGGAAUCACAACGGUGAAUACGUACAACGACCAGUGGCCUUACCUAAAACUAGCCCAACCCGAUGAUGGCUUUUCGUACGAUCCCUACUACUACACCAGGGGGCGCUCUCCUCCGAGCCCCUUAGUUGGCCACUACCCGCACUUUGGCCCGUUUCACGAAAGCCACGCAUUCCCUGGUUGGGCUUCGGCUAAGCACAUUGCGCCUUCCUAUAGCGAUGUCGGUGUCGAUGAGAUGGAACGGUUGAAGAGCCCGACACCAACGACAAGC